CUCGUGAAAUCAAAAUUAUAGGUGCAACAUUUAAAAAAAAGUCCAAAAUGAGAUGUUUGGGAAGUAUAUGUAAUAUAUACAGGGUGGGCACUUGUUGAUGGUGGUAUGCAAUGCAAGUGAAACCAUGCAACCUGCUUCAUGGCUACUUUUAUUCUCUUUACUUGGUUUUCUUUCCCUUUUAAAUCUAUCUUUCACCUUCUGUAGAUGGAUUUUCAUUACUUUCCUCCGCCCACCCAAAAACCUCAACAACUACGGUUCAUGGGCUCUCAUCACCGGAGCCACCGACGGAAUAGGUAAAGCUUUUGCCUUUCAGUUAGCCCAAAAGGGUCUCCACCUAAUCUUGGUUAGCAGAAACCUAGCCAAGCUUAAUGAGGUUUCCGAUGAGAUCUUGUCGGCGUAUCCAUGGACCAAGAUCAAGAUUUUCGCUAUCGAUUUUUCUGGAGACGAAGUGGUGGCUGGAGUUAGGGGGAUGCAGAAAGUGAUUGUUGGUGAAAAUAUUGAUGUGGGUGUUUUGGUAAAUAAUGUAGGGGUGACUUAUCCUGUUGCUAGGUAUUUUCAUGAGGUUGAACAAGAUGUUUGGAUCAAAGUGGUGAAAGUGAAUGUGGAAGGUACAAGUUUGGUAACAAAGGCUGUGAUUGAAGGAAUGGUUGAGAGAAAGAAAGGAGCCAUUGUUAAUAUUGGUUCUGGGGCUGCUAUUGUUGUACCUUCACAUCCUCUAUAUGCAAUCUAUGCUGCUAGCAAAGCGUACAUCGAUCAACUUUCAAGAUCUUUAUACGUAGAAUACAAGUCGUUUGGUAUAGAUAUUCAAUGUCAGGUACCAUUAUAUGUAUCUACAAAAAUGGCAUCACAAGUUGCAAUGGUUCAGAAAUCAUCUUUCUUCAUACCAACAGCCGAAGAGUAUGUAAAAGCCGCGAUACGACAAAUAGGGUAUGAAUCUCGUUGCAUGCCAUACUGGGCUCACUCCAUUCAAUGGUUCUUUGCUUCAAUGGCUCCAGAUUCUCUACUAGAUGCAUGGCGUCUUUCAAUUGGCAUUCAACGUGGGGGAUAUAAGACUUAGAAUCAUACGCAUGGCAUGGACUUUAUUUAAAAAACAAAAAAAAAAAAACUUUUAUUUUGGAUCUUGUGAUAAUGUUUCUUUUAGAAUUACCUACGUUUCGAUGGGUCAUCCACGUACUCAUAUUAACUAUUGAAACAUAUCGUGGCAUGCUAUUGAGGAUAAGUGGUCCACAAGAAUAGUUGUCUAACGCAUAAAUGAACGAAAACUUGUUUUAGAAAUUAUGUUUUGUAAGAGUGAAUGAGCCAUCUCAUGUUAAUUAUUCAAUAAUAUUAUAUCAAGCUUUAGUCAA